CGCCGGUGGGCGGAAGUCCGAGUUUGGGAUCACCUGAUCAGAUAGUGAGGUAGAAAUGGCGUCCUCCUUGCUUGCAGGCGAAAGGCUCGUUCGCGCUUUGGGUCCUGGCGGAGAACUGGAACGAGAGCAGCUCCCCCGGAAGCUGCGUGCCCAGCUCGAGGCUGCUCUGGGAAAGAAACACGCGGGCAGUGCUAACAUCACGGACCCCCGGCGCCUGGUUUCCUUCCGUCUGAUCCGAGAUCUGCAUCAGCACCUGAGAGAAAGAAAUUCCAGGCUAUACCUUCAUGAACUCCUAGAAGGCAGUGAAGUCUACUACCCGGAGAUUGUGAAGCCUCCACGGAAUCCAGAGCUAGUUGCCCGGCUAGAGAAGAUUAAGAUACAGCUAGCCAAUGAGGAGUACAAGCGGAUCACUCGCAAUGUCACUUGUCAGGAUGCACAGUGUGGAGGAACUCUCAGUGAUCUGGGAAAGCAAGUGAGGUCAGUGAAGGCUCUGGUCAUCACCAUCUUCAACUUCAUUAUCACAGUGGCAGCUGCCUUUGUCUGCACUUACCUAGGAAGCCAGUAUAUCUUCACAGAAAUGGCCUCGAGAGUGCUGGCUGCAUUGAUCGUUGCCUCGGUGGUAGGUCUGGCAGAGCUGUACGUCAUGGUAAGGGCAAUGGAAGGAGAACUGGGCGAGCUGUAACUGGUGCUUCACCAUCAGAGUCUGAAAGAAGUUUGGGGAGCCCCAGGCUGUCCAUCGCCCAUCACUGACUCCCAGUUAACCCAUGAUGCCCUUUGUAUUCAGCUCCAGUUAGUCAGAGGACCAGGCCAGGUUCUCUGGGGAGCCCUGUCUGCUGUGAAUUUCCUUGGGGAGGAAUAGAGGAGAUACAGACAGUGUUUCUUUAAAACUAAAAGAACUGAUCUCAGUAACUUCUGAGUCCAGUGCCCAUCUGCCUUUGCUGGUCCAUUCUGCAGUCUACUGAGUCUGGUUUUUCUUGUUAGAAGUAAGUAGAAUCCAGGCCUGUCCCCCAAAUGGACUAUACUACCUUGAACUGGCCCAGUAGUCAGAAGACAGGCAUCAGUAGAAGAAAAUCCAGUUGGUACAGAAUGGUGGAUGAUAGAAACCAGGCAGCUAACUCUUUGUAGAAAAGGAAAUUAUAUCAGGCCAUUUACCAGAGGUCAAACAUGUCCCGAGAGAAAUCAGAUGAUCAGCUAUGGCCCUCAUGUUAAAUGGAGCCAAAGAUGUCUACAUUGUCCCAUUGUCUUUGUGAGGUUACACUUUUCAGAACUUAGAUAAGUUAGAGAAUCUGUUUAAGGCACUUGAAAGAUGUUAUUUAUUCAAUAAAUAUUUAUCGUGUUCAGUGUA